AUGCCGCGUGGACAUGGACGACGACGCAGGAAAGAAGUUGAGGAAGAUUCGGUCGAGGCGGUGGAGAGGGCACAACGAACAGUGAUUUUCUCCAAGACAAAGAUGUGCAAGUUCCAUAUCCUGGGAGCUUGCACGAAAGGCGACGGCUGUAAAUUUGCCCACCGCAAAGAUGAGCUUCAAGAUCUUCCGGACUUAGCUUGCACCAAACUUUGUAAGAUGCUGAUCAGCACAGGUUCGUGCGAUGAUCCAACUUGCCGAUACGCGCAUAACCGUGCUGAGCUCAAAGAAAUACCUGGACUGCCUUCUCCUCUUAUGGAUCAGCUGCGAGAGACGGAGGCUUCUCAGCUGGCAGAUGCCGCCAAAGCUGCUGCCAAAGCUGCCAUCGAGAGCAACAACCCGCAGCGUCAGAAGAGCAACGAAGAGAUCCAGCGCAAACUGCGUCAGCAUCUGUCCUUGCUUGAGCAGACCACCAGCUCCAGCAAGCAACCGAACCGGGUUCAGGAAGCCGCCAGUAGCAGCGUGCCAACUGGUUUGACUCUGCAAGCCGUGCCGGCCACGCUCGCGCCUGGUGGCGAAAUGGCCCAGUUGUUCCCAGUUCAACUGGGCGGUGCGUUCUUGAGCCCCACUCCUUUGGAAGGUGGACUUCUCGUCAACUUGUCGAGCAUGGUGGCUGCACAAGUACAGGCACCCACCGUGCCCUGGGCGGCGCCGCUGAUUGCAGCUCCCACACAGCCAGCACCAAUAGCCGCCUCCACGGGGUCCGGCACUCCGGCUCCGACGCCCAAGUCGGAGGUGCCUCAACCUGCUAAGACCAAAGCUUUGCCCUCUAAAGCGUCCGCAAAGGCAUGCGCCACAAAGCAGGAGAAACGCCAAGGGCACAAGUCGGCAACAACAGGACACACGAUCGACCAUCAGCCACCUGGGAAGGUCUUGUCUCUCGCUAGCGAGCUGCCGAAGCCAGAUACCCCUCUGAACCUGGACCAGCGACUGCAAGACCAGGUGCAGCAUCACUUGCAGCUGCAGCUGCAGCAACAGCAGGAGAUACAAAGGCAGCUGCGAACGCAGCUUUCCAACCAACCGCCGAAGGAGAAGCGAAGCCAUGAGCCGAAUGCAAGGUCAUCACAGCUCUCCACUGAGACUCCAAGUCAGGAGCCGCACAGCAACCAGGCUUUGCAGACGCAGACGGCCUCGAGCAGUCCUUCUCAGGAAGCCAAUCGAUUCGCGGUCAAGCACACGUCCCACGAUGCGGAUGCCGAUGCCCCCACGCCAACAGCGCCUUACCACCGUAUCAACACAUGGAGCGGAGGCUUGAACGAAAUGGAGGAGGACUUGCUGAACGAUCCUGUUCUUGAGCUCGGUCCACUGGACAAGGUGGAGCAAGCCACCCUCCAGCUGGGGCCCUCCCCCAAGCCGCAGAAGGAUGUACUGCGCGGCCUUCAUUGCGUACCGGAAAACCAGCGAUUGAACGGGAUGGGGCGCCAGAUUUCCGAAUGCUCCGAAACCUCAGUGACAUCCACAGACACGCCCACGCGCACCGAGAAACGUCAUCAGGACACACCGCUUGGAUGGGCAGGCAGACGUCCAGACAGCAGAGGGUCCUCCCCCUUCUCCGCCGUGCACGAAGCACCAGAGCUUGAGGACGAGGAUUGCCAGGCUCUGGACGAGGAUGGAUGCAGGCCGCAGCCGCAGGAACUGGGACAUAUCUCUGGGCCGAUCUCUCCCAACACCAAGCUGCACCAGGAAUUUGGGGCUGUCGUCAAGAACACAUUCCUGGAGGUACAGGACGAAGAGGAACAGGACGCUCCCAAGCUCCGGCUCGUUCAGACAGCUGCCGGCAGGCUGGACAGCAUGGGGGGGCUGCCCUCCAAUCCUUCCUUCGAGACCUUGAUGUAA